AUGGUCAUCGAGAACAAAUCUGCACCUGCUUCCCCUCAAGUGACCCCCGCGCACCUUGCCUAUGGGUCAGAGGUCACAACUCGGGAGGUCCACAAUACGGUGCUGAACAUGGAGGCCCGCCUGCGAGUCCAACCGACUUAUGUUCUAUAUACAAGUGCCAUGCUCGCCUUUGUGCUGCCUCUUCAGUACGGUUGGUCCACCUCUCAACUCAAUCUGCGCAAGUUCCACAAUGUCGACGACUGUGCCGCUCGACCGGUUGUUGAGGGUACAUGUAUCAUGUUCCCAGGCCACACCAAGUUUCAAUGGACGAUAGUUGUGAACGCGUGGAUUGUUGGAGGCAUGUUUGGUGCUUUUUUCGUCGGCAAGUUGUCAGAUAGAUUCGGUCGCAAGCAAGUUUUGAUUUACAACUGUGGUAUUAUCAUUGUAAGUGCUGUCAUCAUGGCCGUAGUAUCGAACUUGUGGGCUUUUGCUGUCGGUCGUCUUCUUGCUGGUCUCGCCUCCGGUGCCACAUCGGGCAACGUGGGGAGCUAUAUUAACGAGAUUUCGCCACCCCACCUUCGUUCGCUCUUUGGGGGUGGAUUACACAGUAGUAAUACCGUUGGAAUCUUGCUCGUCGCAACCACAUUUUUCUACAUGGACUUUGAAGACGGCUGGCGCUACAUUGCUGCAUUUCCAAUUGUGCUAGCGAUCAUUUUCUUGCUUAUGUCUCAUUACUUCAUGGUUGAGUCACCGGUGUGGCUGCUCAUGAAAGGCCGUCGAAGUGAUGCUGAAGCCGUUCUCACUCGAUUAUAUGGAGCAAACAAUGUGCCAGUGGCUUUGGAUUGGAUUGAGUCCAAACGAAAGGUUGAUUUGGAAUUACAGUCGAGUGUGUGGAGUGAGAAUGGCAAUGAUGUUGUUCGUAGUGGUAAAGGUGCACCUUUCACGGAAAUCAUAUCGCCUGCCCUGCGUCGCCAAUUCAUUAUCGUCAUUGGUAUUGCUUGCAUGCAGAAAAUCACGGGAAUCAACACGGUUUUUUACUACUCGUCGGACUUAUUUACACAAGCUGGCUUGAAAAAUGUUCUUGUCAACACCAUCAUCAUUGAUGUUGUAAACAUGUUGCCAUCGCUGGUGUCGGGAUUUCUAGCCUCUCGUUUUGGCAACCGUUGUAUGCUGUUGUGGGGUAUAGUCGGUAUGUUUUUUAGCGCCGUCGGUGUGACGCUAUCACUGACGUUCAAUUGGUCGACUCUAACGAUUCUUUUUAUCGCAACGUAUGUCAUUGCGUUCGGUGUAAGUCUUGGCCCGCUGAUGUAUGUACUUGUUGCCGACAUCUUCCCCGACUACGCACGUGCUACAGUAUCAUCGAUAGGUGUAAUGGUUGCAUGGUCGUCCAACUUAAUUGUGGGUGUUGGCUAUCCGUACAUAUCAAGCGCGUUGGGCAAUUUGGCGUACCUUCCGUUUGUGGUUUUGCUGGUGCUAUCAUUCGCAUUCGUAUUUAUUCUGGUCCCUGAAACCUCUGGCAAGACGAACGAGGAGAUUCAGGACGAGUUCCGCGCCCUCCGCCAGAGAAAGCGCCAUACUGCAACUGCUAAUUAA